CUUCGGGUCAGGGUGUUCUUGGGAACACCUUGAACCAAACGUGGCGUUGCCACUGUUAGGAAUGAAGAUAUUUCAUUUUUUUGACAUUUAUUUAGGAGUGUAAUUGUAAUGAUAUUUCUAAACCACCGUUAUAUUAGGAAAUUAUUGCUCUUUGCAUAAAAAUAUCUCAUAGGCUAAGGCAUCUGAUUUUGAUUCUUUUCUUACUCUUGUUCACCCGAGAUGUUUGUUUGCCUUCAGCAUUAUUAUCCAGGCAGUUAUUUUUUUAUAAACAUGCUAGAAUUCGACUUAUCAUAUAAUUAAUUUAACAAACAUGCCUAAAUAUUGUAGAUUAGGUGUCAUCGCCUGUAAUUGUAAGACUUGUUUUAUUUCACUUAAGAUUCUUGUAGGCAUUUGGUGAUUAUAUUUGGCAAUAACUUCCUUAAUGCAUGUUUGGAGUAUGUUUUCUUGAAGUUUUAGUUUGUGGACCUUGUGGUCAUAGUAUGUUUUCUCUAAGUUUUAGUUUGUGAUCAUACUUAAUGAGCUAUCUUUUUUGAGCAUUGACCUUACUGGCUGAUUUCAGUUUUUAUUCACUUGUAAUGUUGAUACAUGCAAUCUACCAUAAUUAUGAAAUCCUGUUAGAUUUCCCUUUUAAAGUCUCAUGUUAGUAUUCCUUGCACACGUAUCAAGCAUUCCCUUUAUUUUUUUGCAUUUCUUUUGUUGGAACACAUUGUUUCCUUCGUCUUAAAUCAUAUGAUUUAGUUUAGGUUAAUACUGAUUUCAUUUUGUUCUUUUCAGCUUGUAAUGGUUGUUGACGACCGUGACCUGCAGUUCUACCACUGCCUUGAUCUUGAGCUUGUAAUGGUUGUUGACGCCCGUGACCUGCAGUUCUACCACUGCCUUGAUCUUGAGGGAUCAAGAUUCAGAUUUUCCUGUUUAAGUUGGCUGGGUAUACACAUAGUUUAAAGGCUGAUUCUUUAUUUUGGACAUCGUUUCCUUGAUAAGCUUUAGUUAUGAAUUCUCGUUCACAUCAGCGAGGGAAUAGUACGAGGAUAAAUGAUACCGAAGAGCAGGCUCCCGAGGUUGGCAGAGUUGCAUUUCUAUGGGAUUGGAAAAUAAUAAUUAUAUUGGUGCACAUGAUCGCAUUAUCACUGGAACCCUUGUUCUUGUACGGUCUCAUGAUCAAUGAAUACAAGAAAUGCGUUGAGGUAGACAGAAAGUUGGGGAUCACAGCUAUAGUUUCGCGAUCUUUGCUUGAUAUCAGUUGCCUAGUGAUGCGAUUUCAUACUGGGUUUUUAGGCAACCAAUUACGGAUAUAUACAAGAAAUAAGUUACACGCAGAAAGAAAAGGAGCCGCGUCAAGACCAACCGAUUCCUCCCACUCAACACCUGUUAAAGAUAAGCGGCAAACAGAUCUCAGAAAAUGUAUCUUGCAUCGACACUUUCUAUUUGACAUUUUAGUUUUUCUUCCCAUCCCACAGGUGGUAAUGUUAUGCUUACUCUUAGACGUGAGAGCCAUGAAAUCUUUAAAAACAUUACAGAUCUUAAACAUUUUUAUUUUCUUCCAAUAUUGGCCAAGACUUUUUCAAAUUUACCUACCAAGGAAGGAUCUGGGAUCAAAUCAUGAGAUACUUGGUGAAAGGCUAUGGGACCUAGAUCUACCGGAUUUCUUUCUAUACAUCAUUUCCGGCCAUGUAUUAGGAGCCUCUUGGUAUUGUUUCUCUAUUCAACGAACUGUGGCUUGCUGGGACAUGGCGUGUGAAAAUCAUGGUGGAUGUGUCCGAAAUUCUUUUUAUUAUUGUGACCACAACUUUGGCUAUCACUCCGUUUUAGAUGAUUUUUGCCCUAAAAAUAUGCCAAAUGCGGGGCUCUUUGAUUUUGGAGUAUUUCUCGAUGCUCAUCAGUCUGAUAUCUUAGAGUCCAAAAAUAUUCCACAAAAAAUAUUCUACUGUUUCUGUUGGGGCAUGCGAAAUCUGAGUUCUUUUGGUUCAAACCUCCGACCAAGUAAGAAUUUCUUUUGGUUCAAACCUCCGACCAAGUAAGAAUGUAGGGGAAAACUGCUUUGCACUUUGCAUUACUAUCGUUGGCUUGUUUCUAUUUCAGAUGUGUUUGGGACAACUUUCUCCAAAAAAGAAGUGUUUGGAACAAUGAGAUGUAUGCUUGUAAAAAUGUAGUAAAUUGUAAGAUAUGCCGAAGUUAACUUAGUAGCAUAAGUGGGCCGGGACAGAUAUACUUGCAGCGGUGGAUAUCUUCAAAAUCAACUGCAGAACUUGAGCAAAAAAAAAAAAUCAAUUGCAGAAGCUGCAAAAAGAAAAGAAGAAAGCAUUAACUUGUGGAUUGAAAAUAAAGAGCUCCAGACAGAAACAAGCAGUGAAAUUAUUAAGAUCGUGCAAAAGAAAUUUCACAAAGAAGAAGAUAUUUAUGUGGAGAUCCUGAUCUCUGAACUUCCUUCGCAACUUCAAAGGGAUGUCAAGAAGCAAAUCUGCUUUAAUCCACUAAAGAAUCUCCUGAACAAAAAAAAGAAUAGCUUGGCUAAUCCUGGGCAUAAAAAUUUGUUGUGUGACAUCUGCAACUCUCUCAAGCCAGUGUACUACAACGAGCAAUGCUACAUUGUUCGGGAGGGAGAACCUAUGGAUGCGGUAUUCUUGAUUACAGAGGGCAGUGCAUGGGCCUUUCCAAGCAGCAGUAAUGGUGAAGGAACAGGAACUGCUUCCGGACGUGCUAAGCGUCUUAAAGCAGGUGACUUCUUUGGAGAAGAACUUUUUGAAUUGGUUAGGGAACCUUACUCCACCAACAUGUUCAAUCUACCCGAAGUUCCCAUUUACUCAAAAUCUCUCAAAACCCAUACAAAAGUGGAAGCCUUUGCUCUAAUGGCCAACGACCUUGCAUCGGUGGUUGAAGAAAAACUUCUGAAUCCAGCAGAGCCUGAUGAUAUUGUUGAAUGCCCAAAGUGUUGGUGCUUAAAGAAAACGCCAGAAUUUAGCAGUGCCUGACACUGUUGUUGCAAAGAAAUGGUUUGUACUGAUGUCUUUGUAUUACGUUUGUUUUUCUAGUGAUGGAGGUGCUACUUGUUUGGACAUCGGAUUCUCAAUGAUAAUGGUAAAAUUAGGAAAAAGACGUCUGAAAUAAUAAACAGUUUGAUGCACGCAAUUAAAUUCAGUAAGGAUUGUGUUUAGAACCUUA